AUGGAACACAUCCAAUCCGUUGAGCCACAAGUCGAUGAGUCCAUUAUCAGUGUCAAUCAGAUUCACGUGGGCGAGACUGAAGAAGAGGAAGAUGCGCUCCCAGAGAUUGAGGGUGAUAUCCUGAUGGAGGAAACUCCUGGGCCUAAAUUCGAGAGUCCCUCACUUGAGCCAUCUCUCCGCACCAUCGAGAAGGAUCCAUUUAGCUCGACAUGCUCCACGGACACUCUCGUGUUCCGAGAGGUUGACUGUGGAGGUUUGAUGAGAAGAGCUCUGGGCCAUUUCGUUCCCAUCCUUGGUGCUAAUGCUCGGUUUCACAAGAACAUUGCCACCCGAGCCCACCAGGUCAUCGGUCAUGCCACACUGCCCGUGUUGACACUUCUUGAGAUUACAAAGAUGUGGCAUGAUCGUCACUUCUUUUUGGAUCCUGGUUGA